CACUGGAAAUGAUAAACAAAACAAGCAAAUAAAUUUUGCACAAGCAAACGGGAAACGAAUAGUUAAAUAUAGUAAAAUUUCAACAACAAAUGUCUCUGCUAGAACAAUACGAACAGCAGUAUGCAGCACUAAUUGCUGAAAUAACUGCACAUAUUGGACGUUUACAGCAAAGUGCAACCGAACGCAAUGAGCUGUGCAACAAAAUCGAUGGCAGCCUGUCGGAGGCACAGGAGCUGCUGGAGCAGAUGGGCCUGGAAGUGCGCGAACUGAAUCCUACACAACGCAGCAGCUUCAACGGGAAACUGCAAGUGGCCCAGGCGGAACUAAAGCGUCUGCAAACGGAAUACAAACAGACAAAGGAUAAGCUGCGUUCACAAUCCAACGCUUAUACGACGCUCGAUUUGAGCGGCAGUGGUGAUUACUAUGAGGAUGUGUCCAUUAGCAACGAUCAGAGGCAACGUCUGCUGGAGAAUUCCGAGAGUAUUGAACGCACAGGCAAUCGCUUGACGGAAGGUUAUCGCGUAGCUCUGGAAACGGAGGCAUUAGGCACACAAGUGCUAAAUGAUUUGCAUCAUCAACGCGAGACUCUGCAAGGCGCACGCGCUCGUCUGAGGGAGACAAAUGCCGAGAUUGGACGCGCCUCCCGCACCCUCAACACAAUGAUGCUGCGCGCACUGCGCGAAAAGGUCGUCCUCUACGGUGUGGGCGUUUGCUUUGUGGUUGCCGUCGGCGUCAGCCUUUAUUUAACAUUUGCCCCAAGCACGCCCGCGGCCACGUCAUAGUCUGACUAGAUUGGAUUGUAUAUUAUAUAAGUUUGGUUUAAAGACGUUGACACAUUCCUUGUUUAGUUAAUUGUUUAUUUAUUGUUAGCAUUAGUUUCAAUUGCGAGUUAUUCAUUAUGUAUGUAUGUACGUAUUGUGUAAAUUGAAAAACUUCUAGUAGCUAGCAAAAGACCUACGUAUUAUAUGUAACUACUAUGCUUAAA